AUUCGCAGUAUUUUUUUUGAACUGUGGGGGGUUUCCGGUCCCAAUCUCUUCAAACUACAACAUCACAUCAGCCCCUUCUUUGUUUUAGUUUUUAUUAUUUUUACGUUGACCAUGAAGUAUUCCAUUUUCACUCUUUCAAGAUCAGCUUUGCACAAAACCCUGCAUUAGUAACUGUGUUUGAAAUGAACGUGAAAGGAUGCACAUCACACUCACACAAAAUUCCAUUCCACUACAGUUAGUUUCAGACUAACGAAAUGCAUAUGCUUUAUGCAUUGCCUCCAUAUGAAAGAGAUGGUCCAAUAUCUCUCCUACUAUGAACGACAUCAUUUACUGUAAAAAUAUGGAAUGUGUAUUAGGAAUUUCAUCUCGGUGGUAAUUUAUGAUAGAUUUGAACUAUGUUCACCGUAUCUAAUCAUAGUUCGUCAAUUAUGGAUGAAACCAACUGUCACAAACCUUGUGAGAUUGUUGGUAAAGCUGUAUCUGAUAAGAGAAAGGGUGAUUUGUCACCGCCAAUGAUUCGUUCUGUAGCCAUGAGUGCCAACAUAGCAAGUACAGUGCAAGAUGAAGUAAAGCAUUUGAUCAAAGUAAACCCUCUACCAGCAGAAUCUGCAUCUAAGUAUGAAGUAUUAAGGAUGUCACCAGAACCAAAUGAAGAAAAUUCUGACUUCAGUGACACAUACUCAGCUGAUAAUGACUAUCCAAGCAUUGACCUGCAUUGCAUAUCCAUCUGUUCUCAUGUGCUGCCGAAUGAUGAUGACUCUAUUAUUUCUGCAAUGGUAUUAUCUCGAUGGGAUGACAUUAUGGGCCCAAGGACAAUACGGGCUUGGCUGCCUGAAAAUGUCAAUGAAAGUGAGGGUUCCUCUGACAUGGAAGUUAUGAAAUUCACUUCCCCUCGAAGUGUUAAAGCAGCCUGUCAAUUUUCGUGCCCACACCAAAUGUCAUCAAAAGUCAACAAAAUUUUGCUCAUGAAAGCUAUCAAGUAUGUUACUAGUCAUACAGUUAACUACACAUGUGUGACUGGUAGCUCGACACCAGAGGAGAACACAAGUGCAAUGUUCGUCGUACCAGAUUUGGAUAUGGUGGCUCAGUCAUUAAUGUUUCAUGUUCCUCUAAGUGGGUCAUCUCCGUAUUCUCUGGCAGUGCUUGUCAAGUACAGCAAUUAUUCAAAAUUGUUGCCACUUCGAAAACUUUGUCAGCAUUGGCUUGAAAGACUCUCUGUGAGAUUGUCUGACUUUUUGCUUUCGGUUUCUGAUGUUCAAGGACUGGAAGGUGUUGAAAUACCUCCAAGCUCUAUGGUUGAUUCUUGGAUGGUGGAAAUGUGUAACAUGCUUAUUUCACUACAAGUAAAUGGUUUAGGAGAGCUGUGUGCACUGCAGUCGUAUCUCUCUGCAAGCACACUAGGAAAUCCAAUUGUUGAGCGUGCUGUCACAUCCCACCUGCAGACCUCUGGCUGCACUAUUGUGAUGGGAAACAACACAACCGACAUAAACUCUAUGAUAUCUUUCCUUGCUUUAUUCAUGGAUGAGGAGGCUCGUUGCUGCUCAAGACUUGUUCGCUCUGGUCAACGCUACACCUUUCAGAUUGGACUUUACCUUCAGGGCCUGCUUUUGGAUGAAUUUGGAUGCCGUGAUUUAAGUACCGAAGAACUCCUUGACAAUCCCCUGCCUGUUACUUGGGUGGACCUCAGUAAGAGUGCAGGGAUCGCUGGAGCAAUUCGUCAAGGCUUGCCCCUUCACCAACACCAGAGCAAAGGGGAUCAGUCUGAGAGUGUAAUGAUAGUUUUCAAGGAAGAAUCCAGCUUGGUUCGUGGAUUAGUACGUGACUUGAAGCAGUUGCCUCCUCAUCAAUGGGCUGGAGUUGUGUCAAUAUUUAUGCAGCAGCUGCACAAACUGGCUUUGACUCUACUAAGUGUCAUCCAUUGGAAUGGUGUUCCACCAUUAACAGAUAGGCCCAAGAACAUUACCGACAAUCCUACCAUCCGCCACUUGUGUUCAACUCUUCACAUCGAUGAUGCUACAUUCCGAAUGGUUCUAGCGCAUGCAGAUAAAAUAAGACCUGGUGCUUAUCGCCUUGUUAUGGAGGGUUCAUUGCGAUGAGAGAUCAUUUGAAGUUUGAUCUUGGCUUUUCCUUAAGUCUUUCUUGUAAAGUUCUAUGUCUGUGUUUAUUUGCCUUUUAAAAUAUUUAAUACUUGGAGAAUCUGUAUUCCUUACCUAAUUCAAAACUGUUGAGUAUUUUUUGAUGAUCUGUCUGUGAUAAAUAAAGUUAAUUUUAUAAGACAAUUAUUAGUUUAAAUUUUGCAACCA